CACCACCAGUCUAUUCCUUUAGGAUGUCAUUUACCUCGCCCAAGAGGCAGGCAGCUAUAUCUUCAUUCUUCUCACAGGCUAGUUCAUCGCCUGGUACACAGCAGCGAAAGCGACCCAAUGCAACGAUCGACCUAACUUUGGAUUCUGACGACGAGGCCGCCGCACCACCUUCUCCCAAGAGGGCGAGGACGACCAGUAGUUUCUUUGCCACAAGAACAUCUCAUAGUCGCUCACAGGAGGCCGGGCCUUCGUCAACUCAGGAUCGACCAGGUGGCCUCGCCGCUCAAUGGCGGUUCGACCCGGUGUCGUCAUCCCAGUCUGUUCGACGUGGAACAAAUGAACGCCACGAAAAGGCCAAACGAAUUCUCCUUGGCGACCCCAGUAUUCUUAACAGGAAGCAUUCGGAAGAGGAGUUUGAUCAGGAGCAGGACGAGUCGCAGGCUGUGGCCAAUGCGAGUGGGGAGAUGGACUCUGGAGAAGAGUCGGACGACCUGUUCGCCAAGAUGCAGGAAAUGUGGGCGAACUCGGGUUCGAGGAAGAAGCGGAAAGGCAAGGCUUCUGUGCGGGCUAUGCCAAGCAGGAAGAAGGUGGAGGAGAUAGGUCCAAGCGGAUUGCCGUACACUCCUUUGGAACUCCAGAUUCGCGACCUGAAGCAACGAUAUCCUGGUACUCUCCUGAUGUUCGAGGUCGGCUACAAAAUGAUCUUCUAUGGUGAGGAUGCAAGCAUAGCGUCAAAGGAGCUUGGGGUAGUCUGCUUCCCGAAACGAAACUUCCUCAAUGCCUGGGUACCUCCGCAUAGAAAGCACAUAUACUUGCGAAAGCUACUGUCGCAGGGCUACAAAGUGGGCAUCGUCGAGCAGACGGAGACCGCGGCUCUGAAGGCUGCAGGCGACAACAGGAACGAGCUGUUCAGUCGGGAUGUAACACACAUGUACACCGCUGCGACCUAUAUAGAUGAAAUUGACUCGGUGGACGAGCUCGAUCCGACAUUCGCCCCGCCCCUGAUGUGCAUAGUGGAGGAGCCCAUGGGAGGCAUGGGCCAUGACGAAAGGGUGAAGGUUGGAAUGAUCGUCAUCUCUGCGAGCACUGGGGACGUGGUAUGGGAUGAGUUCGAGGAUAACCACAUGCGCACCGAACUAGAGACACGGAUGGUUCAUUCCAAACCACAUGAGCUCCUCCUACCUGAGGAAGAGUUGAGCAAGGCAAGCGAGAAGAUGAUUGCACAUUUCACGCAAAUCUCCAACGCGGAUUGGGCGAACCCUGAUCACAAGAUACGCACCGAACGAGUCAAGCACGAUCUGUCUUACACCGAGGCGUUCUCUUAUCUGACUUCGUUCUAUACCGACAAGUCCAAGUCUGGCAUCGCAUCUGAAGGCUACAACUCCGGACAACUCAUGGCAACUGUUUCUGACUUCUCAAAACUAGCUGCUCUGGCGCUGGCGUAUGCAGCAAAGUACUUAGCGGCGUUCGGAGUGGAAGAUUGUCUCCGCGAGACGAAGUUCUUCUCGAAAUUUACAGAGCGUACCCACAUGCUUCUUAACGGCAACACGUUGACCAACCUGGAAAUCUACCGAAAUGAAACAGACUACACGACCAAGGGUUCGUUGAUGUGGAUUCUCGACCAGACAUCGACGAAGUUUGGGGCGCGAAUGCUGCGGAGCUGGGUCGGACGACCGCUGGUUGACAUGAGGAUUCUGCAGGAAAGAGUCGAGGCCGUAGGGGAGAUCCUGGCCGACGAAACACCGAAGUUAACCCUCCUGCGCGAGUCGCUGAAGCGUCUGCCAGACCUCGCGAGGGGCCUGUGUCGUAUUCAGUACGGGAAGUGCACCCCGCAGGAGCUAUCCGUCUUGCUGCCUGCGCUCAGCAGGAUUGCGUCAACCUUCCAGCCAAUCAACAGUCCUCAGGAUGCACCCUUCAGGUCGCCGCUGCUGAAUGAAAUCGCAGUGGCCCUGCCGAAGUUGAGAGACCCUAUGAGAUACAUUCUCGACAACGUCAAUCUCAAAUCAGCGAAGGAGGGUAAGAAAGAAUCCUUAUGGACGGAUCCGGACAAGUAUCCCGACGUGGAUGCACACACUGCAAGUAUCCAAGUAGUUGAGUCUGAGCUCGUGGACGAACUACGCAAGAUCCGUAGAGCAAUCAGGAAGCCUGCCUUACAGUACACAACCGUUGCGGGUGAAGAGUACCUCGUAGAGAUCAGGAAGGACGAGAAUCGCGACAUCCCCGUCAGCUGGCAAUUGGUAUCCAGUACAAAGACACUCAGAAGGUAUCAUACUCCAGAAGUUCGAGCCAAGCUUCAAGAGCGUGCACAGUAUAAAGAAUCUCAGACCGCUGAGGCGAACAGGGCCUAUCUGUCUUUCCUGCAAGAGAUCACGCAGAAGUAUUACGCACUCUUCCGUGACGCAGUGAAUAAGCUAGCCGUCGCCGAUUGCCUCUUGAGCUUGGCACGCGUAGCAUUGCAAGAAGGUUACGUGAAGCCAGAGUUCGUGGAAGAUGACGUACUGGAGCUAGUCGAGGGUCGGCAUCCAAUGGUAGAGGUGUUGAGAUCUGACCCUUUCGUCCCAAACACAGUCACAAUGGGUGGCGGGCAACCUCGAAACAAGAUCAUCACUGGUCCCAACAUGGGUGGAAAGAGCUCGGCGGUCAGGAUGAUCGCGCUUUGUGCAAUCAUGGCCCAGAUCGGUUCUUUUGUCCCAGCCCAGUCGAUGAAGCUCGCCCCUCUCGAUGGCAUUCUCACUCGGAUGGGUGCUUCUGAUGAAUUGGCUCGCGGACGGUCUACGUUCUUGGUCGAGAUGCAAGAGACCAGCGACAUUAUUCAAAUGGCCACGGCGCGAUCAUUGGUAAUACUGGAUGAACUGGGGCGUGGUACGGCGACGUUCGAUGGGAUGGCCAUCGCGAAUGCAGUCUUACAACACCUCGUGCAGAAUACGAAAUGCAGAACACUAUUCAUCACUCAUUACCCUCAUUUAGCUGUAGACAUGGAACGCAUGUUCCCUGCUGAGGUGGAGAACGUGUACAUGGGAUAUACUGAAGACACCCGAAUUGAUGGCACGCGAGAAGUCACAUUCUUAUACCGCCUUACUCCUGGCGUCACCGAGGAAUCAUUCGGUGUAGAAUGUGCGCGGCUGGCAGGGUUACCGGAGUCAGUCUUACGAGAGGCAUCUUCAAAGUCGGCCACAUUGCGAGCAAUCACUGAAGGAAGGAUGCGGCGUAAUAAGAUUCGCAGAUGCCUAGAGCUCAUGGAAACCAGUACGACCACGCCAUCGGAUGAGAUGAGCACACGAGUCAACGAGUUGACGAGCAUCGUCGCGCAGCUGUCACGUAUACGCAUAAUAUCCAAUACAUAAGAUACCUAGGACGCUU